AUGUCAGAGUCCAAGAGUGAUUCCAGGUUGCUGAAAGAGAAGGAGGACGAGAGUUUCCAGAGAAUUCCUAUAAAAAACAUAAAGUGGCAGGAAACACAGAGAAUGUUUAGCUCUGAAUGGAAUUCAAAAUUAUCUGAUGAAGAAGUUCGCCAACAGGUGAAACGAGAUCACAAAAGAAUGGAAGAAAAGAAAAAAUGA